AAGUAUAAUAGAAAUUUUCCAGGGACGACUUUGUACAAAAAAACUUUUUGGCCACGAAGCAAUUAAGUUCAAGUUGAUUGCGGGAAUAAUCAAUACGAAAUGUCUUCCCCCCUCAGCGGCAGUGUCGAAGAGCCUGCGGCAACAAACGGGGUGGCCUGUAGUACCGGUGCAGUGGAGACCGCAAAGGUUGCGGUAAACAAGAAGAAAGACCCCGAGGAACAGGUACAGGGUGAACUGCAUGAUCUCGGGAAUCGGAGUGAUGCGGGAUUUCAAGAUGGGGAAGGUGAAGGAGAUGUUGAAAAUCCUGAGCUGGAUGGGUGCGGCCAGGAAGAUGAAAAACAAAACAGUAACAAAUCCACCGGAGGGGUAGUAGAUGACGAAGAUGAAGAGAACUUUGAAAUCAAAGAACUGCUCAAGGACACGUACGACAUAUUCUCCGAUUUGCGGAGUCGCUGCGAUGAAGAAUACGCUUCGGUGGAAGAAGGGGAGGAUGAGACUAGCGGACCUUUACAACCAGUACCACUGAACAAUACAAACCUGAAGCGGUUUGACGCUGUUUCUUCCCCACUGCGGAUCAUCGCCCCGUCACACCAUCUUUAUGUGGUCCGUCAAAGUAGCUUCCGUGAAACUUUUAAUCGAAGAGCAGAGUUUAGAGGUUUAAGCGUUAGAAGGCUUAAUUUGAGAAAUCGAAUGCUUUGAGAUUUUAGCGUUUAAGCAUUCGAGUGCUUAACUUAAGAACUCGGAUAUUUUUGAGUUUAAGCGUUCGAGUGCUUAAAAUAAGAAAACAGCAGAUUGAAAUUUGCGCGAGCAAAUUUGAAUUUGCUCGUAGGUUUUUGAAAUUUGCUCCGGAGCUUCUGCAAGAAGUCUAGAAAUAGCGACUCGAACGCUUAAAGUCACCGGAAAAAAAGUAGUCGUUUAGCCAUUCGGAUGCUUAAAUGAAGAGAAUUUUUGCACCCGCCCGAGCAAAUUUCAAAAAUGGCAGCGCAAAUUCCAAUUUGCUCACGCAAAUUUCAAUCUGCUGUUUCCUUAUUUUAACCCUGCGAGCCGUUAUUUGCCAACUUUGUGAAGCUGCUUUGAGUCAUUCGAAUGUUUUAUCGGGGGCGACGAAGCAAAGGGAAAGAGCACAGACAGAGCCAAGACGCUCCGGGGCGCUUUUGUUAAGUGCCUGCAAGCUCCGCGCAAAACUGUCGCUAGCGUCGUGAUCUCAGCAGAUCGCGACGCCGGGCUCGCAGGCACUUAACAUACACUUUUGCCAAGUGCCUGCCGGCCCCGCGCACAACUGUCGCUAGCGUCGCGAUCUCAGCAGAUCGCGACGCCAUUCGCAACUCGCCCCAAGGGGCUCGCGCGCGGGGCAAGUGGCGUCGUAUGUGCCUGCGCCAUACAUCGCCAAUGGCGUCGCGGUCUGGUGAAAUCACGACGCUAGCGACAGUUUUGCGCCGGGCCCGCAGGCACUUAACAUACAAAAGCGCCCCGGAGCGCCUUGGCUCUGUCUGUCGUGCUCCCAUUGCCCUUUGCUUCGUCGCCCCCGAUAAAAGUGCCGCCCGCUCGGCGCCGCUCCGGCGGCCACGCCCCUCCACCCCACCCGCGCGUCAGUUGGCCCAGCGAGAAGCGUGCGCGCCACGCCUUGCUCUUGAAUUCGCCUCCUCGCCCUCGCGCGCCAGGCGCCCGCGCCGCGCUGCAACCUUGUGCACCGAAGCCCGCAGGGGGCCCAAUGGGGCAAAUUGCCCCAGGCGUCGCGAUCUGGAGGGAUCACGACGCCCACGGCGGUUUUGCGCGGGGUGGGCACUUAACAAAAGCGCCGUGGGACAUUGCUCUGUGCUCUUGCACCGGCGGAGCUUUUGUUUCCCAUGGUGCGAAAGCUCUUGGCAAAUUUCAAAUUUGCUCACGCAGCUGCACAGACAAGCAAUCAGCUUAGCCAUUCGAAUGCUUAACUGCUUGAAAAUAAACAAUCACUUUAAGCAUUCGAAUGGCUAAUUGACUGGUUAUCUUUGAAGCUGUGUGAGCAAAUUUGAAAUUUGCUAGAGCAAAUUGCAAUCUGCGUUUCCGUGAAUUUAAGCACUCGAAUGCUUAAAUUGCGAUUUCUUAGUUUAGGCAUUCGAAAUCGAAUGCUUAAACCUUAUGAACGCGAUUUCCUAGAUUAAGCAUUCGAAGGCUUAAAACAAAGAAUGUGCUGCGCGAUUAAAAGUUUCACAGAAGCUGCGGGCCUUACCCAAGUAACAUCUACUUGGCGAGGAAGAAGUCCGGCGGUUUACGUUUCCAGACCUGGUGGGUUCGUCCACGGAUGCGUGAGGAGUAUCAACUACCGAGUUCUGAUGUCAUGUCUGCAGCUUUUAUUUUUGAAUGCGUUUCUGCGUACAAAGAAGAAGAACUACAACUACUAGAGCGGGGCGCUCUAUGAGUACUAGAUGACGAAAAAAUAGCGAACAUAUUUACGAAUUUACUAACAAACUAGUACGUGUCUUGUCAGUCCCAGCCCGCAAGCGUAGUUGAUAUGAAAUCACCUCUGCAUCCGCGCGACGAGCGUUUGACGCGUCCACACGCAACACCCCGCAGCCAUCGACGCUGGACACGCAAUCCACGGGUGCCCCGGCGUCGAAAUCGAGCUCCAAAGCGCCUGUUUUGAUGAACAGUGACGUCCCAACAUCCUCUGCUUCCGGGGCCCCGACGUUGUCCGAACUCGCAGCGCAACUCGUCAACCUGAAGCAGGACACCAAAAAACAGGAGGAGGUGUACAACUUCCACUUGCAGCACCUCCAAGACGAGAUCGGCAUUUUGAAGCAGAACAUGGCGAGUGAAGUGACCCGCGUGGAGGGCAAAUUGGAGAGCCGGAUCGACAGUGUAGAUGGCGAGAUCAACCGUGUUGAUGGCGAGGUCAACCGUGUGAAGAAGCGGAUGGAUACCGCGGAGGUCGAGAUCGAGCAAUUGAAAAAAGACGUCGUGGCUGGGAAGGAGAUGAAAAGAGCGAAAAAAAUAAUUCGCGAGGUGCUUGUGUAUGCGAAAUCGGAUCUCAACAAUUCCCGCGACGACAUCCCGGACGCCACUUUUCAAGCGCUCUGCAGCGUCCUGGACGGCUGGGCGAACUACACGCGCGCGUUUUCGGUAUUGCAGAACACCGUGUCGCAGCUGGCCAACAGCACGAAGUCUACCGAACUCGUGCGCUCCGCAGCACUUAAGCAGCUGCAACUAGCUGCAAGCCUCCUGGAAGGCCCGGUGGCGCAAUUGAUAAAACUCGACGAGGAGGGCGGGUCGGCGCAAGUGGAUCUGAAGGCCAUUGCCGCGGCAGCUGGAGGCGCAUCAACUACAACCAACAGCAAAAGCGGACAGAAAAAGAACAACUACAAGAUCACCUCGACCUCGUCUGUUUCCCAGGAACAAGAUCAGCAAACCAAAAUCAAACAGAAAAACUCGGCAGGAGAAAGCGCAAGUGCUGAUAGUACCACGAAGACCUCCACGUCGACCUCGGUAAUUGCAGCUGAUCCUGUAGUUUCUGCCACUCGUCGUCUUGUUCCCGCGGCUGCACUGAAGGAAACUGCGAGCACGGAGGCGAAGAAGACCACGAAAAUUUCUCUGCGGUCGAAAACUUCGAAUUUCCUGUUCGGUAGCAGCAAGAACCACAGCAGCGUCAAAGGAGAGCAGACAAACUCAUCUUCCACUUCUUCCAACAACAUCAAAGAACAGGCGAGCAACAUCAAGCCCCCUGGAAGAAAGCAGAACUCUAGUUCUCGGUCACCGGAGAAAGGGAAAAUGAACGCGGAUGUGAUUAGUAAAGGGGGUCCCGCCUUUGGUGGCGGGGUCUGGCACGAUUGCAUCGACGAGGAGAAAGGGGCAGACGAGGUCGUGCGAAACACCAAAAAGAUUUCUGGCGGCACGGCCUCUACGGACAUGCUGGAGCGGCGGGAGCGGAUGCUGCGGAUGAGUGCAACAAGUAAGCAGGAGACGAAUCUUUAUGCGGACAAGAUUCUUCAGACACACACCGAGUUUUUUGCGCCACUGGAUGACAGUAUUGAUAACACUGCCGCAGGAACAACCAAGAUCAACGCAAAGACCUCCGAGAUCAGGUCUUCCAACAGUGCGAGUAGGACGGCGGGGGCGGCGAAAUCGUCGGGGGAAGAGAAAGGUAAGGCGAGUGCGGACGAUAUCCAUUGCAAAUAUGUCUGGAUCUGGAAGAACGCAAGGUUUGUCAUGCAUAUUUUGUAUGACCCACGAUGCCUAUAAUGCAUCACCUCGCAUCAGAUAUUUUCAGAGAGCUUCGCGCUGCCUAUUCCGCAUGAGAAAAACGCCCUUCCCGCGUAGCACAAACUGGACAUCUCUCCUCGCUGGUCAUGCAAUACAAAUGCUUUUAGAAUCCAGGGACAGCAUCACACGUUGCAACCCUCCAGACCCAGACAUAUUUGCAGUUGAUAGGUGACGGGAAGAACGAGUCAUCAUCCUCCUCUUCCACAACCAGCUCGUGUAACGGUCUGGGGUCGACUACGACAGCUUCCAAUCAGCCCCCCGCAUUCUCCACUGGAGUAACCCACGAGAACAGCGCGACGGCACCUCGUGGUUCCGGCGACCAGGCAACGGGCGAUCCGGCCGUUGCACCAUCCUGCCUGGAUUCUACUGCCUCCCGAGACGUCGAGGACGGCCAUGCGCACAUCAAGCGGAGAAUCACGACACCGGUGCUGUUUCACCAGCCGCAACAGCGUGGCGGGGUGGACGCGGACCAGAUAGUCUGCUCCGUCAAGAAAAGCAUGACGGACCUUACGAAUCGGUUCGAACUGGAUGUGCAUACCAAUGAUGAAACCACAUCCACGACGACGACGUUGAAAAAGCGGUACUACAACUUCGCCAAUCUGUCAAGUGCGCAUCUGGCGUCGGACACUGCUGAUGACGUUGAAGGCGACACCGGGGCGGAAAUCCUGCGUCCAGCAAGUACGGAACGGCGACGGUCGGACGGGCGAGGAACCACGAGGUCGUGCUUCGCAGCGCCGGUGCCGCGUCUCAACUCCGGUGCUGUGGAAGAAAAAACCUUGCGACAGAAUAAAGCACAGACGGGAAGCGGCUUCGUGAACACAGUGAAGCGUCUUUUCCGCAGUCGGAAAAACAGCGAUGGUAAGUAGUAAGUACUUAAGUUAGUACAUACAAGAAACAAAUGAACACAUUUGUAUGUCAUUGUCAAAUCACGUUUGUUGUUGAGCGCUAGGUCCGAUUUUUGAUUCGGAUGUUACGUUAGUCCAUGUCCGGAGUGCUUGGGUUCCACCAGCGGUUCGAGAUCAAGGUCAACAUGAAUGUCAAGACCGAGCGUCAUUAUUUCGAUAACAAUUCCCUAUUUCAUCUCAGGUCCCCCGGACGCGUCGGCAUCGGCUUCGCGUUCUCGGAAAUAAAGGGGGACAAGCAAGGGUUUCACUCCGGACAGGCGCAGCUACAGGCUACUAUCUACCUGGUUGAUGUCCAUUGAGACGCAGAAAAUCGUGACUGAUGUAUAAUUUUCAAAGUAUGUAUGAUAAUUUAUGGUUUUGUCACUCAUCUAACAGUACUGCUACAAUUUCAAUUAUUGGUUUGCAACGUUUUACAGAUUUUCUACGCAGGCACUGCGUCUUCUUCAAACGAGAAACUGUGUAACUUCAGUAAGAUCGCGACUUUCAAUUUCGAUUCCAAAUUUUACACGCAACUUUAUCUGACUACAAACUGUAACUCUGUUAGGAGAAAAAUCCAGCAGGGGGCAAUCACCACAUCGACACCUGAUUUUUUUCACUAUAAUGACACCUGAUUUUCAAGACCAGACUAAACGUUGUGCCGCGUUUCAUUGUGGCGCCUCAACAAAGAUGACAGUUCGCAACUUCAAAGAAUGAAAUAGAGUUUACCGACAUCUGGAUAAGUAUUCCGAUUACCAAGCAAGAGCACCAAUAUCACAAAUUGGGAUUUUCAGCAGCUUUUUUAGAGACUACACCGUGUACACUAGGAAAAGAAAGUUGGAAAUAU